AUGAUGCUCAGCGUCCUCCUCGCCGGGGUAACCGCCGGGGUAACCGGCGCAGGGAGACUGAAGGUGGACCGAUACCCGCUGCCUCUGGCCGCCAAACCAGACUUGUUGCUCUCACACCGACCGCCAGCGAGCGCCCAAGCGGAGGCAGCACGUGAAGAGCGCAGAAAUAAAGUAAAAGUUGUUCAGAAACAGGCGAUUUUGCCACUCUACCGCCUCAGCAGGUGCUGGGGGUUGGGGCUGGGGGGUGUUCCUCCGCAUCACGCACUCGCACCAGGGGAAGCCCCUCUCCUCUCCCCGCCCCACGGCGGCAUAUCCCGGCACCGACGCCCCGGUCCCCUUCCCCCCUCCGAGCUUGCUCAUUUAACAGCUGAUGGUGCUUCUUCUGAUGUGGGAGUUCUGAGGCCCAAUGAGGAGGUACAAUUUUUAGAUUCCAAGUUUAAGUCAACUCUGGAUGAAGGAGAUAUUGCCUUGCUGAAAACCUAUGGCCAGAGCACAUACUCAAGGCAGAUCAAGCAAGUGGAAGAUGAUAUUCAGCAACUACUUAAGAAAAUCAAUGAGCUUACUGGGAUCAAGGAAUCCGACACUGGGCUGGCUCCUCCUGCCCUUUGGGAUCUGGCUGCAGAUAAGCAAACUCUCCAAAGUGAGCAACCAUUACAAGUUGCAAGGUGUACAAAGAUAAUCAAUGCAGACUCCGAGGAUCCCAAGUACAUUAUCAAUGUCAAGCAGUUUGCCAAAUUUGUGGUGGAUCUCAGUGACCAGGUGGCACCUACUGACAUAGAAGAAGGCAUGAGAGUUGGGGUUGACAGAAACAAGUAUCAAAUCCAUAUCCCCUUGCCUCCAAAGAUUGAUCCCACAGUCACCAUGAUGCAAGUAGAAGAGAAACCGGACGUCACUUACAGUGAUGUUGGUGGUUGUAAAGAGCAGAUUGAGAAGCUGAGAGAGGUGGUUGAAACCCCUCUGCUUCAUCCUGAAAGAUUUGUUAACCUUGGAAUUGAGCCUCCCAAAGGAGUACUGUUGUUUGGGCCCCCUGGUACAGGCAAAACACUUUGUGCCCGUGCUGUUGCUAACAGGACUGAUGCCUGCUUCAUCAGAGUAAUUGGAUCCGAAUUGGUGCAGAAGUACGUGGGAGAGGUAAGAGCAAAUACUUGGUCCCUCUCUUAUUUUGUGAAACACAUGUGUCUCCUCUCUCCAGGUGCUCGUUUUGAUGAUGGGGCUGGGGGUGACAAUGAAGUGCAACGGACUAUGCUGGAGCUCAUCAACCAGUUGGAUGGUUUUGACCCACGAGGCAACAUCAAAGUGCUGAUGGCUACAAACAGACCCGAUACUCUGGAUCCAGCCCUGAUGAGGCCCGGCAGGCUGGAUAGGAAGAUAGAGUUCAGCUUGCCUGAUCUGGAGGGGCGAACUCACAUAUUCAAGAUACACGCUCGUUCGAUGAGUGUUGAAAGAGACAUAAGGUUUGAGCUGUUGGCUCGACUGUGUCCUAAUAGCACAGGCGCUGAGAUUCGCAGUGUCUGCACGGAGGCAGGCAUGUUUGCUAUCCGAGCACGUAGAAAAAUUGCAACCGAGAAAGACUUCUUAGAAGCAGUGAACAAAGUCAUUAAAUCGUAUGCGAAAUUCAGUGCUACCCCUCGCUACAUGACCUACAACUAAUAUCUUGGAAUGUUUUCCUGCUCCUGUUGUUAAAACUUCUUGUAAAACAAAAAUCCAAGUGUAGUAAUUCAUGACUUGUUCUUGUAAGCUAGAAAUAAACGGAGCAUUCCAAACA